AUGGAAUCAAUCUUUUCGAAACCUCCUGCAUCUCCAUCCCAUCAUUAUGCUACCCUCCUGCAAAAGAAAGAAAAAGGUAAUAAGAGUUCCGAGUAUUUUUCCAGAGCAAUAACUCCGACUGCUCAUCUCUAUACUGCUAAUGGUCUUGCAAAAGGCCAUAGACGAACAGUAUCGAUCCCUCAAAACCACAACUCAGACACAACAAACCCCAACUGUAAUCGUCCCGAAAGCAGCGAAUCCUAUGAAUAUGGAAAUUCUGACGAUAUAAAUUUGAUUAAAGAAGAAUUAUAAUCAAAAUAUAACAUUCUGUCGAAACUAAUUAGCUCCGCUAAUUGUUUCUCUUUUAGAAAUAUUUUGAUUAUGAGGUUCAGUUUUCACAGUGAAUCUUAUUCAGUCUAUAUCAGGUGAGCCUAGCGAUGGCUAGACUUCUGAUCCUAGGGAAAUGGAAGGCAUAGUGUUUUUCUGCUCGACCAAUCCGAGGAGGAUUGACCUAAGCCGGAACACGAGCAAGUCGAGUAACGAAUCGAGGCAGCGCAGCCCUGUUGAAGCCGAAACAUCAAGUUUGGAGCCAACCCUGGUGAAAAAAAGUGGAUCGAUCCAAAGGUCAUGGGCCCGACUGGUGAAAAAGAUGGUGGCGGUCCUGGGUACAGCAACCCCAUAGGAGACGUUAAAGGAUAUAGAUAACAAUAAGAAUAAUAUUAAAGAAGAAUUAAAAAACGUCAAAGAAGAAAAUUUCAGCCUAAAAAGCAGAAUCAAAGAUCUGGAAAAGCAGCUGGAAGACGAAAAAAUACGAGUGAAGAUUCUAGAAAGCAGGCUUAGGAUGUAA